AUGGCGUACGUAGUAAACAUUUCCUCAGCAGAAAUGUUGCAUUGGUUAGGAUCAAUGUCGUUGCGAAACCGGAACUCGGACCUGCGCGGCGACGGGCCGGAGAUUGUGAUGACGUUUGCCAUCGCCGCUUUCCUUCGGACACGGGGAUUCUUCACCGUCUCUCCCCAAUGGGAUGGUCACGUUCAGACUGGAUUCGAGCUUCCAGACGAUAACGAGGUUGGUCCACUAUGCGAGUCAAUAUGGACGGCGUGA